AGUGUUUUUUUUUAUUAUGUUAUUGAUGUAACCUGAUGGUACUGUGUGUUAAAACAGUUUAGUGUGGUGAAAAAAGGGGGAGAGGAAGACUCAGUCCCACCAGCUUCACUCCUCCUCUGCCAGCACACAUCUGCUGCUGAGGAGAUGGGACACUGAUCCAGAGAGGAUCAGUUUAAUGGAGAUCACUCUGCACAGCAUGGCUGACGACAUCAGUGUGCUGUGAAAGGGGAAGUGGACGGAAAUCUCUAACUGGAGAGUAUUUAUGUUUACCUUCUCUUUGGCUCAGCUGGUGCUUUCUCUUAAACUUGGGGUGAUGUCCCAGUGCUGGUGCAGGCAGGUCCUGCUCGGUGUGGAACUGGGCAUGCUGGUGGUGGUCCUGGUGGCCGGCAGCACAGGACAGAUCCAUGACAGGAGGGAGGCAGGCUCGUCCUGCUACGGAGGAUUUGACCUAUACUUUGUUUUGGACAAGUCUGGCAGUGUGCAACAUUACUGGAAUGAGAUAUAUUACUUUGUUGACCACCUGGCUCACAAGUUUAUCAGUCCUCAGCUGCGGAUGUCUUUUAUAGUAUUUUCAACAGAAGGAAGGACUCUCAUGGCACUAACAGAAGACAGAGAGCAGAUUCGGGCCGGACUGGAGGAGCUGCGCAUGGUGCAGCCAGGUGGAGACACCUUCAUGCACAGAGGUUUUCAAAGAGCCAGCGAGCAAAUAUACUAUGGGACUGGAGAUGGAUACCGGACAGCCAGUGUCAUCAUUGCCCUGACGGACGGGGAACUGAGAGAGAAUCAGUUUGAUCUUGCACAAAGAGAGGCCAGCAGAGCACGGCAGUUGGGCGCCACUGUGUACUGUGUGGGAGUAAAAGACUUCAAUGAAACACAGCUUUCUACAAUAGCUGACAGUAAGGACCAUGUCUUCCCUGUGAAUGAUGGAUUUGAGGCGCUACAAGGCGUCAUUGACUCAAUCCUGAAGAGGUCCUGCAUUGAGAUCCUGGCUGUGGAGCCCUCCAGCAUCUGUGAAGGAGAAUCUUUCCAGGUGGUUGUUAAAGGAAAUGGUUUCCUUCACGCCCGAGAUGUACAGAAAGUCCUCUGCAGCUUUCGCAUCAAUGACACAGUCACUUUGAUGAAAAGACCUUUGGUGGUGAGAGAUGUCUACCUUUUAUGCCCAGCUCCUGUUCUGGAAAAAGAGGGAACGUCUGCCACUCUCCACGUCAGCAUGAAUAAUGGCUUGAGCUUCAUAUCAAGCUCUGUCACAAUUACUGCAGUCACUUGUUCUGAUGGGACCUUUGUGGCCAUAGCUCUGCUCAUCCUGAUGCUCCUGCUCACUAUUGCUCUGCUGUGGUGGUUCUGGCCUCUCUGUUGCACUGUGGUCAUUCACGAGCCACCUCCUCCAGUAAUAGAGGACUUGUCUGACGACGAGGAUGGUUUUCCCAAGAAGAGGUGGCCUACAGUGGAUGCCUCGUACUAUGGAGGACGUGGUGUUGGAGGCAUCAAGAGAAUGGAGGUCCGAUGGGGAGAUAAAGGCUCAACUGAAGAAGGAGCCAAACUGGAAAAAGCUAAAAACGCUCGAGUUGUGAUGCCCGCGGAGGAGUUUGAGCCAUCACGGCCUUACUACACCAUGCACAAAUCUGUGCGCCCCCAGAAGUGGUACUCUCCCAUCAAGGGAAAACUGGAUGCUUUGUGUGUAUUCCUGAGAAAAGGCUAUGACAGAGUAUCUGUGAUGCGACCUCAUCCUGGAGACAAGGGUAAGUGCAUAAACUUCACUCGGAGCAAAUCCUACCCGGCUCCUCGCUAUCCCAUCUACAACCAUCCCUCCACGCCCGUCUACACCUUGCCCCACAGUUACCAGCGUCGUCCAUCAGACGACAGCCACCUCUUCCAUUUGCCCCCUUCGCCAACUUCAACGCUCCCCCCUCUGCCUUCCACUCCUCCCCCGUCCUCCACAACCCCUCCCAUGUACACGCCACCUCCAAACAGAGCCCUGCCCCCGGCCAACAUGAGCCCAGUCUCCGCACCCCCGUCUCCAACUGGAUCCCUCCCGCCUCCACCUCAGGGUCCUCCCCCGUGUAGAGCGCCUCCUCCGUCACGCCCUCCUCCACGCCCCAAUCAUGAGAACCACUGAUGAUUAAGAACCAGAAAGUUAAGGAGGAGGAUCCAAGCUCCGGAUGGAAACCUGAAAAGACCUUCUCACUGUGUCUUUGUUUGAUUACGUCCAGAAUGAGAAUUAAUGAGACUUUAUAAUGCCGUUGAUUCAACCCCGGCAAAAUGAAACUUUCAACAAUUAAGUUUUCCUCAACAAGUGGCUCAAACAUGAUGUGCCAUGAACUAAGACUUUCUAACUAAGACUAAGUCUAGAAAAUGAAUAUUUAGUGUAAGCAAGCACAGCUUUGGCUAUUACAUGCUUUUGGAGCUAAGCAAUUUAUUCAUUUUUUUCAGAACACGACUUCCUAAUAUCAAAUCAGACAAAUCCAUCAAGCAUUGCGAUGUGCUAUGGAGUGGUAUGAACUUGCAUUUUAGCCUUUGCCUGACAUAAAUCUUUUGAUCUGAAACUACUUGUGUACUGCUUUGCACAGUGAAAAACAGUAAUCAUGAGUUUAAACAGCAGAAAAUCUAGUGGCUCAGCAACUGCGUCAUGUGUUUUAUACAUGCAGGUCUGUAUAUUUUGUGAAUGAAUGUUCAUUAAAUCACAGAUAUAUAUAUAUAUAUGUAUACAUCACGUUGCAUUACAUGUUUGAUUUCCAUGGAUGAUUAAAGGACUUUUUUUUACUAUUUUGA